AUGGAUGCCCGAGGCGAGAGGCUGGCGGCCGCCUCAGAGGCCCAGCGGCAGGGGGGAGAGGAAGGCGAAGGGAGGGGGGAGAGCGGGCUCUUCGCUCACGUGACGCCGAGGGCGCCGCUGAGGAAAACCGCCUCCCAAAAUGGCGGCAGCGGCCUCCGCAGCAGCGUCCGGCAGCGCCCUUCGACCCCGUAUUACGAUGGAGGAGGAAGCCGCCCCCGCCCGCCGCGUCGGGAAGUGAGGUUCAGCGAGGAAGUGUUGGAGCUCUCGGCCGAGGGGAGCGGCAGGCCGGUGAGGAGGAGGCAGAGGAGGGACGGGAUGAGGGCAGAAGCGGAAGAAGGAGAAGCGGAGCCGAGCGAGGAAGCGCCGCGGGUGGCGCCGUACAGCCUGCGCUCUACCCGGCGGUAUCCCCCGACGCCGUUCAGGAUGGAGGAGCCGGCGGCGGAGGGGGAUGAGGUGCGGCGUCGACGGCUGGACUCGGCCAGUUCUUCGGAAGAUGACUCUUCCCCAACCAGACACCAAAGAACUAGUAAAAGCUCAAAUGGCCGAACACAUUUACAAGCAGGUCACACAAGCAUUUUAGGAAUUGCAGAUGACUCUGAACUUACUCGACCAUCUAUUAGAAGAAGUGGAAGAAUAGGAUAUUAUUAUGAUCAAGGCAAGGACUCUACACUGAACAAAUCAGAAGGAGCACCAGCUAAAGAGGAAGAUGAGAAUGAGAGCAAAUCAGACGUUAAAAAUACUACUAAUAAUUAUCAAACAACUCAGAGACACCAGUUAAUAAAAGAAUAUCAAAAGACAACCUUGAGAACGAGAAUACCGAAUGAAGGUGAGCCUCCAGUUCAAGCCAGCAUAUUGAAGAAGCGUUCUAAAGCUGCUACUAAAAGUUCUAGUGUACAGUCUGAGGGACACUCUGUUUUAUGGAUUCUGGUGUGUGUGGGCGCUUGCAUUGCUGCUGGUGGAUGGUAUAUUUUUCAUCCAUCAGCCCAUACCCCGGAAAUUGACCACGUCGUGCAGGCAUUCCAGACCCAGAUGAAAAAGCUCAUGAGCAGUUACCCUAGUCAGGACAGCAGGCUUUGGAAGAGAAUCCAAACCACCUUUGAGAAACGCCUCAACUCGUCACAGCCUCAUUUGGAGCCUGCUAUCUUAUUGCUCGCUGCUGCAAAAGAAGCUGAAGAUGCCCUAAAGUGUUUAAGCAACCAGAUUGCAGAUGCCUUCUCCUCUUCUCAGAGCACUGCUACAAUCAGAAUUGAUGGGGCUGGCAAAGCCACACUGGACAGUGAUGUGGUAAAAUUUGCUGUAGACGAGGAGCUGAGUUCCGGGUUCUUGGGAGGCAAGAAGGCAGCAGUGGUGCAUCGGUUCGAGUCACUGCCCGCAGGUUCCACCUUGAUAUUUUACAAGUACUGCGACCAUGAAAAUGCAGCAUUUAAAGAUGUUGCUCUACUCUUAACUGUUCUGCUAGAGGAGGAGUCUCUAGGGAAGAGCCUCACCCUGUUGGAAGUUGAGGAGAAAGUGAAAGAUUUCCUCUCUGCUAAGUUUACCAAUUCACACAUGCCAAGUUCUUAUAACCAUAUGGACACAGACAAACUCAGUGGGCUGUGGAGUCGCAUAUCACACGUGGUCUUGCCUGUGUGGCCUGAAAACACCCUCCCUCAGGAGAACUGCUUGCAGGCCUUCACAUUUUGAAGAUCUGAGCUCUGGACCUUACCACUUAGACACUGAAGACUGUUUUAUCAGGGUGUGGUAGCAGCCCAUGGUAGCAGCAUAUGGAAAUAUGAAUGGUUUUAUAUAUACAAGAAGAUUUUAAACCUGUCAUAAUCAUGCCGGAAAAAUGCUUUUUAAUAAUGCUGAAUUGCUGAUGUAUCAUUUGAAGCGAACAGCUGACUUGAAAAAGUUAUUUUAAUAACCAUUAAAUAAAUGUAGUUUUAUAGUA